UGAGGAUUCGAGUUACAGGCGUACAGCUGAGGAAUAAGUAUUUUAUUUGCUAAUAAGCAUACAUUUAGGAUAUUAAACGCAUCAAUAAAAGCAAAGUAGCAAGAUGGACGACAAACUUCGACAAAUGGAAGAUGAAAUGAACAGAUUUGAGGCUGAAAUUGGUGGUCAGUUGGUUACUCCAAUGGUCAGACCUGUAAUUGGUGCAAAUACAUAUAAUCAAGUAGCUAGACAAUUGGAGCAACACGAAUUACCUACACCAGUUGUUGCUGCAGCAGCAGCGUCAUUAGCAUUUCCACCUAUGAUUGGGUUUCCACCUCCUCCACCUCCACCACCACCACCACCGCCACCACCUCCUAUGUUAAUUCCACAGCAAGUAGCAAGACAAGGUACGGUUCCUUCUAUUACAACAUAUUCAUCACCUGCACAGAUAAGUAAUCCGUAUUUACCAAAUAUGGUGGACCCGUGUUUAACCGCUACUCCAAAAACAUAUGAAUCCACGCCAGCACCAAUGAUUCAUCCAGACAUUAUUGAACAGAUUAUCAAUACAAAAAUCCCAGAAGAUGAGAUGAAAAAGAAACCAAAGGUGAAAGGAGUUAGCACGGCGGCCGAAUUAGCAAUUAGUCAAGGAAAGGCCAGUUCUAUUAUGGCAAAUGCCAGCGCGGAAGAGACUCAUCCAAAGGGUAAGGGGAAGAAAAACAAGAAAAUUGUUCGUAUGGCUGGUGGACAGAUAUGGGAAGAUCCUUCUCUGUUAGAGUGGGACGACGGUAAUUACUCAAUUUCAUUUAUAUUAAUUAGACAUUUUAUUUAG